AAAAACACAGCAUUAGUAGAACAGAAAUGUCUUACUCUUUGUUAAGUAUAUAAUUGCUAAUGUCAAACAAAUCAGGUAAAUACUUAAUUUUUAUCUCACAGUACGUGUGUGUAUAGUGCGUAUGUUACUAUGUGUGUGUAUUCACGUGUCUAUGCCUGUGUUUGUGUUGCUUCACAGUCCCCGCUGUUCCAUAAGGUGUAUUUUCAUAAGGUGUAUGUUCAUAUUUGGCCAGAUUCCCAAUGUAAACGAUUUGAGGGGUCCAAAACCACAUAUGUAACAGAGGGGGAGGCCCUUAGUUUGCCAGCCCACCAUGACCUGCAUGAGUUGAAUUGGACCAGCGUGACUGAGUUCACCUGUUACAGAAACGGAACCCAGGAGCUCCCGUCCUCUGAGGAAGGGCGUGUGCAUCAUCAUGGACCAGUGCUCUUCUUCCUCCCCCUGUUAAUCAAUGACUCUGAUGAGUACUACACCUACUGGUAAUACAACAACAGUGUGUGUGUGUGUGUGUGUAUGUGUGUGUGUUGAUAUAUGUGUGUGUGUGUGUUUAGGGGAAAAAAUUGGUAAUUCAGAGGUGGGGGAGCCCUAUUUGGGGAGGUUAGGGUGAAGGUUGAGUCUAGGGUUAGGGUUGAACCUGGAUGUGUACAUGAAACUAGGGCUAGGGUAGGUGCGCACAUUUUCAAAGAAAAACCUAAACGUCCCUUGUCUUGCACGAACAUUGAAUACAAUUAUUUUUGAACUUACUCUACCGAUUGUCAGUUGGUCGAAAUUAGAAAAAAAUAUCCAGCGAAAAGUAUUAUUAUCUUACUUCAAAAUGCGGGACUCUGUGUGUGACAAUCAAGAUGUAUUUGCUCCUCACCUAAGGCCAAGCACAAGACGGAAGGACAUGCAAGCCGAUACAUGUACACUGCAGGUGUUUACAUGGUUUUGAGCAUGUCCCAGGUGAUAGACAUUUCAACGGCAGUACCGGCGUUCUAAAAAGUCGGGUAAAUAAUAUUUCCUGUGGAUAUUUUGUCAAAAAAUUCUACCCACUGAUGGACCAACCAAUGUAAUGCAAUUUUAUUCAACAUUCUGGCUUGUAAGAAAACAUUCCACUUUUUUAAACUGCUUAGUUUCAGGCUGUAUACACUUUUAGAAAAAAGGGUGCUAUCUAUAGCCUAAAAGGGUUCUUCAGCUGUCUCCAUGGGAGAACCCUUUGAAGAAACCUUUUUGGUUCCAAGUAUAACCCUUUUGGGUUCCAUGUAGAACCCUUACCACAGAAGGUUCUACAUGAAACCAGAAAGGGUUCUACCUGGAACCAAAAAGUGUUCACCUAUGGGGACAACCAAAGAAACGUUUUGGAACCCUUUUUUCUAAGAGUGUACCAGAAGCUGGUAUCACAGUCUGAUUCAUCAGCCUAGGGCUAGGGUUACAUUUAGGGUUGGGAUUGAGGCUAGGGUUGUGUGUUUCUGAUAGCUGGUACACUGUAUAUGUUUACAUUUUCCAGGAGAAAGGCAGCAGACACCUGCCACAUUUAUGUGACAGUGGUGAUUGUGGUCAAAGCCCAACCGUUCAAUCACUCAGUCCUGUUCAGCGAUAUCUCAGAGUCAGUAGACAACAUCUAUAUACCAUGUCCUGACCCCGUGGAACAACUGUGCCAGGAUGGAAAAGGAAACUUAGCCUGGUAUAAGGUACUGAACAUGACCAGAAUGCUAACACAAACCUCAACCCUGCAAGACUAUAUAUCAUUGGUUCUCAACUCCUGUCCUAGGAAUUUUUGUUCUAGCCCAGUUUUUGUUUUAGCCCGGUUUUUGUUCUAGCCCAGCACUAACACCCAACUCAUCAUCAAGCUCUUGAUUAGUGGAAUCAGGUGUCUUACUGCUAGUUCAGCUAAAACGUUUGUCAGCUUUCUUGUCUUUAAUUUCAGAAUCUCGGUCUCAUUCCGAAUGAGCGUAAGAGUCUUCUGUGGGUGGACGACGCCUCCAAAGCAGACAAGGGCAUCUAUACAUGUGUGUGCACGUGGGAGCACAACGGGAGGGUUCUCAACACUUCUGCAUCCAGGAGACUAAAGAUCCAAGGUAAGUAGGUCAUUGCUUGAUGACAGCUCUAUCAAUCCGCUCAGCAUUUUAUUUAUUAGAUUUGAUCUUUACUGAAAGCUCAUCCAAGAUGGCAGAAGGGUCAGUAAACAUGGAAACUCUAGGCUACAUUACAGUAGGUUAUUAGGCUACACUAAGUACAUUAAGCUCCAUUUUAUAUUAAACAAACAGGAUCAAAAGCAACAUCAAAAGCAACCUUCAUAUCACGUGUGAACUUUGUGGCAGCAACAAUCAUCAAUAACAUCAAUAACAACUUUUUGAAUGUAUCCAAAAGUAUCUUUCUGACUAAACUGUGUGUUUGUCUCCUUCAGCUCCCUCUGCCUCGCAUCCUCCUCAGAUCAACCUGCCUAGAGACGGAAGCACAGAGACCACUGACCUGUGUAGGGAUCACACCUGGCUCAAAUACUUGUGUUGUGCUUGAUUUGGUUUGCCCGGUAUAUCUCUCUGUCUUUAUAGUAUCUUUUGUUUUUCAUAGACACCACUAAGAAGUUGAGGUGUGAAGCGUUUUGUGGGCAGAACAUUGAAGACAACUGUCACAUGUGGUGGGAGAUGAACGGAGUGAAAGUGGGCUCGCAGCAACAAGGCUACUCAGUGAUCACCACCAGGUAGGUCCAUAUAUGCCCGCAUGCACACAUGAAUGCACGCAAGAACACACACACUUGUUUUUGAGAACAAGGUAACAGAAUUUACACAUUUCCUUGAAACAAGACCCCAGAUUCACCGUUGAGAAUUCCCUGUGUGAAUGUUUUGUGUAUAUGUGUUAAUGUAGCGAGAUGGAGGUAUCUUCAAUGCGGAGUAUCUUCACGGCUAUCCUGACCAUAGACACAGUGACUAUCAAGGACCUCCAGUCAGAGUUCAAGUGCGUGGCCAUGAACGACCAGCAAUGGAUAUCUGCAGGAGUGACUCUCAAACCGAGAGGUUAGUGGAAACACACACAUGCACACACACUUACACAAACAUCACACAAACACACAUCCACAAGACACACAAAAUCACACAUCAAAUCAAAUCAAAUCAAAUUUUAUUGGUCACAUGCGCCGAAUACAACAGGUGCAGACAUUACAGUGAAAUGCUUACUUACAGCCCUUAACCAACAGUGCAUUUAUUUUAAACAAAAAAAGUAAGAAUAAAACAACAACAAAAAAAGUGUUGAGAAAAAAAGAGCAGAAGUAAAAUAAAGUGACAGUAGGGAGGCUAUAUAUACAGUAAAAUAAAGUGACAGUACGGAGACUAUAUAUACAGGGGGGUACCGUUGCAGAGUCAAUGUGCGGGGGCACCGGCUAGUUGAGGUAGUUGAGGUAAUAUGUACAUUAAAGUGACUAUGCAUAAAUACUUAACAGAGUAGCAGCAGCGUAAAAAGGAUGGGGUGGGGGGGCAGUGCAAAUAGUCCGGGUAGCCAUGAUUAGCUGUUCAGGAGUCUUAUGGCUUGGGGGUAGAAGCUGUUGAGAAGUCUUUUGGACCUAGACUUGGCACUCCGGUACCGCUUGCCGUGCGGUAGCAGAGAGAACAGUCUAUGACUAGGGUGGCUCGAGUCUUUGACAAUUUUGAGGGCCUUCCUCUGACACCGCCUGGUAUAGAGGUCCUGGAUGGCAGGGAGCUUUGCCCCAGUGAUGUACUGGGCCGUACGCACUACCCUCUGUAGUGCCUUGCGGUCAGAGGCCAAGCAGUUGCCAUACCAGGCGGUGAUGCAACCAGUCAGGAUGCUCUCGAUGGUGCAGCUGUAGAAUUUUUUGAGGAUCUGAGGACCCAUGCCAAAUCUUUUUAGUCUCCUGAGGGGGAAUAGGCUUUGUCGUGCCCUCUUCACGACUGUCUUGGUGUGUUUGGACCAUGAUAGUUCGUUGGUGAUGUGGACACCAAGGAACUUGAAGCUCUCAACCUGUUCCACUACAGCCCCGUCGAUGAGAAUGGGGGCGUGCUCAGUCCUCUUUUUUUUCCUGUAGUCCACAAUCAUCUCCUUUGUCUUGGUCACGUUGAGGGAGAGGUUGUUGUCCUGGCACCACACGGCCAGAUCUCUGACCUCCUCCCUAUAGGCUGUCUCAUCGUUGUCGGUGAUCAGGCCUACCACUGUUGUGUCGUCGGCAAACUUAAUGAUGGUGUUGGAGUCGUGCCUUGCCAUGCAGUCAUGGGUGAACAGAGAGUACAGGAGGGGACUGAGCACGCACCCCUGAGGGGCCCCCGUGUUGAGGAUCAGUGUGGCAGAUGUGUUGUUACCUACCCUUACCACCUGGGGGCGGCCCGUCAGGAAGUCCAGGAUCCAGUUGCAGAGGGAGGUGUUUAGUCCCAGGAUCCCACUCUGUAACUUUCUUGGUGUUGUGUCCUCCCUGUCUUCCUCCAACAGGGUUUAUGUUUAUGGGUCUAUGUGUGGCGCUGCUGCUCUUCCUCUUGUGGGCUGCUGUGGCCGUCAAAGUGUUUGACAUCGAUCUGGCUCUCCUCUUCCGUGGAGUUUUCAAAUGCUAUGGUCGAUCUGAGGGUAAGAACAUCUAGCCACAGACUGAAGUUUAUUGAUGCUAUUUUACUUAGAUAUUUCAUUGUACAGAAAUGCUUAUUCAGCCUACAUUAUCUGUAUAGUAUUGGGUACCAUAUAAACAUAUUACUACAUUUAGCUUUAGUCACCACACAGGAGCACUCUAACCUUGUACUGUACAGUAAAUGUCUCGAUCGGCCCACUGAUUGUGCAGUGCAGUAGUCUGAGGUAGGUCUAGUCUUCUCUUCUCAACAAGUUCCGGCUUGGAGUCAAUCUCACCACUAGUGUAGAAGUAAUGGGCCAUUUAUAAUAAAAUAACUCAAUUUCAGUUCAAAUAGAAUUGAAUCAAAUCUCUACAAUCUACUCCUUCAUGCUGAGGUUUGACAGAAACUUCCUCUUUGUCUGUAUUUUCAGAUGGGAAGGUCUAUGAUGCUUAUGUUGUCUGCCAGAUGGAUGGUGUAGACAAAGACAUGGAGGAGAAAGUGUUUCACUUUGUGAGCAACAUUCUGCCCACUGUCUUGGAGCAGAAGUGUGGCUUUAGACUCUUCAUCCACGGCAGAGACGACAUACCUGGAGAAGGUUGGUUAUUUCAGACUGUGUCCUGCCCUCUAAGAAGCAAAUGUAACAGUAAUAAACAGUACUAAAGUAAAAUGUUAACUUCUCCCGCUCAUCUCUGUUCUAUUGUCCCCAGACCGCAUGGAGUUGGUGGAGGCCUGCAUGCGGCUGAGCAGGAGGCUGAUUGUCAUCCUGACCCCCAGCUCAAGCUCAGGGUCAGGCUCAGGAGGUCAAGGGUCAUGGGGCCAGAGGGGCUACUCGUCCUCGUUGACCCCAGUGGAGGACUAUGACUUUCAGGUGGGGCUCCACCAGGCUCUGGUCCACAGUGAGAUGAGUGUCAUCCUCAUCCAGCUGGGGGCCAUGGGGGAGGGGGGCUACACACACCUUCCCCCCGGCCUGCAGCACCUAGUCCGCAAGAGUGCCCCCUUAAUGUGGCAGGAGGGAAGGCGGGGGUCGAUGCUGCCCAACUCAAGCUUCUGGAAGAGGGUGCGUUACAUGAUGCCUUGGCCGAGCCACUCGACUAGAUUUGACAACCAAUUAAUAUGACUCUUCUAUGUGAACGAUCAGAAGGUCUGAGGACUUGAAGUGCGGUUGGAGGUCUGGGAUUCUGUUAUACACUGAACAAAAAUAUAAACGCAACAUGUGAAGUGUUGGUCCCAUGUUUCAUGAGCUGAAAUAAAAAAUCCCAGAAAUGUUCUAUAUGCACA